AUGAAAUUAAAUAAAAAACCAAAAGAUCCAAAAGCACCUAAACGUUAUCGAUCAGCUUAUAUAUUAUUUUCCAUUGAAAAACGUCAUCAAAUAAAAAAUGAAAAUCCUGGUUUAUCUUCAAAAGAAAUUUUAUCAGAACUUGGUGCUCUAUGGAAAUCAACUGAUUCACAAACAAAAGAACAUUUUAAAAAAUUAUCGGAUGCUGAAAAAGUUGAAUAUGAAGAAAAAUUUAAUGCAUAUAAAAAUGAUCAAACAAAUAAUAAAGAAAAUUCUAAAAAGAAUAAAUCAAUUAAUAAUCAAUCAAUGGAAGUUAAUUCAUCAGAAUAA